AUGAGGAUUGGGAUAGAUCUCACAGAUGAGGAUGAGGAUGAGGAGCCGGACCUGAGCAAGCAGAAAUCGUUGAUGCACAGUGCAUUCAUAUACGAUCCAACUACAGCCACAUUUUCUGAUCCUGUUGCUCGACAACGAGUUGGAAACAACACGGUCCUUGAAGAAUCUUGCUUACUCACAUCAUCUGAUAUCUCGAUGUUGUCUGAUGGCUCGGUGAGUGCUUCGUUGGGCGCCAUGAGACCGCUUGUCGAGAAGCUCGACAUGCUGCUAGCCUCCGCUCAGGAAUACAGUAGCUUGCCCAAGAGGAUCAAGGAUGGGAUGCAGCUUCUCGAACAUGAUGUUGAAGUGUUAAGCUUCUACCUUGAUGAACUCGCAGAGGUGGAGGACCCUCCACCGAUGGCCAAGUGCUGGAUGAAUGAGGCGCAUGACCUGUCUUACGAUAUGGAGGAUUAUAUUGACAUCUUAUUAUUUGUUCCACCUGACCAUUUCAUCAAAAAGAAGAAAAAGAGGAGGAGGAGGAAGAAGAAGAUGAUGAUAAAGAAGAGGCUCAAGUGGUACAAACAGAUUGUAUGCAGAGCGCAAGUGUCAGAACAUGGUAUCAAGACCAGUAAAAUCAUUCAUGUUAAUGUCCCUCGUCUUCCUAGUAAGCCCAAGAUUGCAAAAACAAUAUCGGAAUUCAGGAGCUAUGUCCAGGAGGCUAUUGAACGGUAUGACAGGUAUAGCCUUCAGUGCUGCAGCACCUUGAGGCGUAGAUUCUUGUCCACUAGCAUUAUGCUUCCAAUGCCCUAUGAAGAAGCUGCACACAUUGUAAUUGAUGGCCGGAUGAAUGAGUUUAUCAACUCACUGGCCGCCAAUGAUGCGGCAGAUCAGCAGCAGCUCAAGGUGGUAUCUGUUCUUGGAUCUGGGUGUCUGGGUAAAACUACACUUGCCAAUGUUUUGUAUGACAGAAUUAGGAUGCAAUUUGAAUGCAGAGCUUUCAUUCAAGUGUCCAAAAAUCCUGAUAUGAAGAGACUUUUCCGCGACUUAUUCUUGCAACUCCACAAGAAGAAGCAGCCACGGCCCGCCAAUUGUAAUGAUUUUGACAUCAGCGAUAUUAACAUCAGCAAACAUCUGCAAGAUAAAAGGUAUCUAAUUGUUAUUGAUGAUUUGUGGGAUGCAUCAGUAUGGGAUAUUAUUAAAUAUGCUUUCCCGAAAGGAAACUGUGGUAGCAGAAUAAUAAUAACUACACAGAUUGAUGAUGUUGCAUUAACAUGUUGCUCUGAUCACUCAGAACAUGUUUUCGAGAUGAAACCUCUCGAUGGUGAUUACUCAAGAAAGUUAUUUUUUGAUAAAUUUUCUGGUUCUGAAAGUGACUGUCCUGAAGAAUUCAAACAAGUUACGAAAGAAAUUGUUGAUAUAUGCGGUGGUUUGCCGCUAGCAACAAUCAACAUAGCUAGUCAUUUGGCAAACCAGGAUACAGAAGUAUCAAUGGAUUUUCUGGCAUACAUACGUGAUACGCUGAGGUCCUAUUUGUGGUCAAAUUCUACUUCAGAAAUAACGAAACAAGUAUUCAACCUCAUCUACAAUAAUCUUCCACAUUAUCUGAAGACAUGUUUGCUGUAUCUGCAUAUCUAUCCAGAGGCCUCCAUAAUCUGGAAGGAUGAUCUGGUGAAGCAAUGGGUGGCUGAAGGGUUCAUUGCUACAAGAAAAGGGAAAAAGCAAGAUCAAGAAAUGAUAGAGAAAGCUGCAGGACUCUAUUUCGAUGCACUUAUUGAGAGAAGAUUCAUCCAACCUUCAUAUAUCAACUACAACAAUAAGGUGUUGUCUUGUACUGUUCAUGAAGUAGUACGUGAUCUUAUUGCACACAAAUCUGCAGAAGAGAAUUUCAUUGUGGUAGUAGAUUGCAAUCGGAAGAAUAUAGCACUUUCUCAUAAGGUUCGUCGACUAUCUCUCGUCUUUGGUGAUGCAAAGUAUGCUAAGAUACCAGCAAACAUCACAAAGUCACAAGUUCGGUCACUUAGAUUUUCUGGAUUAUUUGAGUGCAUGCCUUGUAUUAGCGAAUUCAAGGUUCUCCGUCUUCUGGACCUUCAACUAUUUGGUUAUUGUGGUGACCCUGACCCCAUAGACCUCACUGGUAUUUCAGAACUGUUUCAGCUGAGAUAUUUGAAGAUUGCAAGUGAUGUCUGCAUAAGACUACCAAAUCGUAUGCAAGGCCUGAAUUGUUUGGAAACACUGGAUAUUCUGAAUGCAACAAGAAUCACUGCUAUUCCAUGGGAUAUUAUACAUCUCCCACACUUGUUGCACCUGAUUCUUCCUGUUGACACAAACCUGCUGGAUUGGAUUGGCAGCACGAGUGACUCUGUUAUCCAUGAGUGGAGCCUUGGCAAGCUGAACUACCUGCAGGAUCUUCAUCUCACUUUUUUUCCUACAUUACCUUUUUACAAUCAUCUGGAGGCAAGCAUGGAAGUUCUGGGUUCAUUAAUCGGAGGACAUGGCAACCUCAAAACUAUAGUAGUGGCUCAUGGUUCUUCAAUUACAAAUAUCGUGGAUCAUAGUAUUGGCUAUAGUGCUUCAAAAGCAAUCAUUCCAUUGUUUUGCAUGGCACCUCCCCCCCUUCUCCAGAGAUUUGAGUUCUCACUGCACAACUGCUGCAUAUUCUCACAAAUUCCUCCAUGGGUUGAGAAACAUGGCAACCUAUGCAUUUUGAAGAUUCAGGUGAGGGAAUUGAUGAUGAUUUGUGUUGAUAUUCUCGGUGGAUUGCAUGCCCUGACUACUCUGUCACUGUAUGUGGAAACGGCGCCCAUUCACAAGAUCAUCUUUAACAAGGCUGCCGGGUUCUCAGUUCUAAAGUACUUCAAGUUGAGGUGCACGACUGGUAUCCCAUGGCUAAAAUUUGAGGCGGAUGCAAUGCCUAAUCUCUUGAAGCUCAAGCUAGUUUUCAAUGCCAUCCCACCAAUGGACCAACCUCUCUUUUUUACUUCGGGCCAGCUACGACACAAAGUACGACAUGAACAUGGUACUGCAGUAAUUAGCAUCCAGCAUAUGCCAGGACUCAAAGAGAUCUCUGCACAAUUUAAGGGUGCAGUUUCUGAUCUAGAGUAUGCCUCGAGGACCUUCAUCAGUAAUCAUCCGAGCAAUCCCACAAUCAACAUGCAGUUGGUGGGUUGUAGUUCCAAUGUUGACGGAAGCAGAAAACGGAAACAACAACCGGAUGACACUCUGAAGGAUGAAUAUGCCAAGAGAUUAGAGAUACCAGCUGAUAAAAGGAUUGCAACGUCGAUGGAGUCUUCUUCCAGUCUGGAUGAUCUGCGUAUGCCUGUGUCUCAAUUUUUUGACCCUCCAGCUUUUUCUAUCUGUCAACCUGUGGAGUCUUCUUCGAGGAUGGAUGAUGCAGAAAUUACACCAAGCGGCAGUGAUGAGGGGCGGGAACACAUGUUCGACAAGGUGGUUAACCCAAGCGACGUGGGGAAGCUGAACCGGCUGGUGGUGCCGAAGCACUUUGCAGAGAAGUACUUCCCUCUGGAUGCGGCGGCGAACGAUAAGGGCAUGCUGCUCAGCUUCGAGGAUCGUGGGGGCAAGCUCUGGCGGUUCCGCUACUCCUACUGGAACAGAAGCCAGAGCUACGUCAUGACCAAGGGGUGGAGCCGCUUUGUCAAGGAGAAGAGACUCAAUGUUGGGGACACGAUUUCCUUCUACCGGGGCGCCACCGAGGCCACGCGGGACCGCCUCUUCAUCGACCGGAAGUGCCGGGCCAUAGUCCAUGAUUCGUUGCCAAAGUUAGACAGGGCGUCGAGGGCGGUCCAGAAGCGGGUGCGGCUGUUCGGAGUCAAUCUCGAAACCCAGCAGCCCCAAGGUGGCGAGUUAACCCACGAUGCCAAUGCCGGUGCAGCUGGAGUGGAGUCCUCAGCUGCUGCCUCAUCGCCGUCGUCCUCCCAGACAGAAGCGCAUUCCUCCUUGGAUCUCGGUCUGUGA